AUCAUCUAUUUCCAUAUUUAUGUCUUCAUUUUUAGAUUCAUAAUCUAAUUUAUUUACAAACUGUGAUCUCAAACAAUUAUCCUUCAAAAUGAUGUCCUUAAGCCCAAUCUCAAUUUAUAAUGCUGGAGCAGAUGAAGAAAAGGCAGAAACCGCAAGAUUGUCUUCAUUUGUUGGAGCAAUUGCUAUCGGUGAUCUCGUGAAAUCAACGCUAGGUCCAAAGGGAAUGGAUAAAAUAUUGAUGAGUGCCGGACGUGAAGGAUUGGAACCUGGCAUCACUGUUACAAACGAUGGAGCAACAAUAUUAAAAGCUGUCGGAGUUGAUAAUCCUGCUGCUAAAGUCUUAGUUGAUAUGUCCAAAGUUCAAGAUGAUGAAGUAGGAGAUGGAACAACGUCAGUUACUGUGCUUGCUUCUGAGUUAUUGAGAGAAGCAGAGAAGUUGAUUUCACAGAAGCUUCAUCCACAGACGAUCAUCGCUGGUUGGAGAAGAGCGACAGAUGCUGCAAGAAAAGCUUUAUUAGAUUCCACUAUCGAUAAUGGAAAUGAUCCCGUCAAAUUCCGUGAAGAUCUGAUGAAUAUUGCUAGAACAACUUUGAGCUCAAAACUUCUGACACAACAUAAAGAUUUCUUUGCAAAGAUGGCCGUUGAUGCUGUUCUGAGACUAAGAGGAAGUGGAAACUUGGAAGCUAUUCAAAUUAUCAAGAAGCUUGGAGGAACCAUGACAGAUUCAAAAUUGGACGAAGGAUUUAUUCUUGAUAAAAAAAUUGGAGUCAAUCAACCGAAACGGAUCGAAAAUGCUAAGAUUUUGCUCGCUAAUACGGCAAUGGAUACUGAUAAAAUUAAGAUUUUUGGUUCCAGAGUUCGAGUCGAUGGUACAGCAAAAGUUGCUGAAAUAGAACUCGCAGAAAAACAGAAAAUGAAGGAAAAAGUCGACAAGAUUAUCUCUCACAACAUCAGCUGUUUCAUUAAUAGACAACUCAUCUACAAUUACCCUGAACAAUUGUUUGCUGAUCAAGGAGUGAUGGCGAUCGAACAUGCAGAUUUCGAAGGAAUUGAACGCCUCGCUCUUGUUCUCGGGGGAGAAAUCUGCUCGACUUUCGAUCGUCCAGACCUUGUGAAAAUCGGAACUUGUAAAUUAAUUGAAGAAAUUAUUAUCGGCGAAGAUAAAAUGAUCAAAUUCUCAGGUGUUGAAAAAGCUGAAGCAUGCACAAUCAUCCUUCGAGGAGCGACUCAACAAAUUUUAGAUGAGUCAGAACGCUCUCUUCACGAUGCGCUGUGUGUUUUGUCACAAACGGUUAAAGAAACAAGAACUGUGUUUGGAGGUGGCUGUUCAGAGGCAAUUAUGGCUCAGGCAGUUGAUGAAUUGGCGGCGAGAACUCCCGGGAAAGAAGCAAUGGCAAUCGAAUCGUUUGCAAGAGCAUUGAGACAGAUUCCUAUGAUCAUAGCUGACAAUGCAGGAUAUGACAGUGCUGAGCUUGUUUCACAACUAAGAGCAGAACAUACAUCUGGAAAGAAGCAUGCUGGGCUUGACAUGAACCAGGGAACUGUUGGUGACAUGAAAGAACUUGGCAUCACUGAAUCCUUCCAAGUGAAACGACAAGUGCUGAUGAGCGCUUCGGAGGCCGCAGAAAUGAUUCUCAGAGUUGAUGACAUCAUAAGGGCUGCUCCGAGACAAAGAAGACCAGAUCACCCUCACUGAUUUAACAAAUUGUGUAGUCCCAGAGAGUCUAUGUGAUGUCACAGUGUGUGUUUACUGUUCCAUUGUUCAACAAUGUCAUCAGUGUGUUUUGCAUGAUCUUCAUUUGUAUGCCAGAAAUAAUAAAAAUACAACCAUUUUGUAGCU